AUGACAGACCCAAGCUCUGCAAAGUCGAAUGAAGCCCUCGCGCUCCUCUGGGCUUACGAACUCAACCGUGAGAACAAGCACCUGUUCAAGGGACUCAAAAAAGCGAACCGAUGCCUCGCCGGAUGUGACAAAUCCCACCCAUCAUCAAAGAAUGUCGACCAUGAGCUAGGUCUCGGCGAUACCAGGAAAAAAAAACCCAAGAAGACCUAA